UAACCUAAUCACAUUUUAUAAGAUGUCGCAUGCGCGGCAAAUAUCCCGCGCAAUUUAGCGUCCUUACUCGCUUUUUUCUCUCCAUUGAAUUCGGUUAAUAAUGUUUGGACGUGCCAAUUACUAAUAUAUAUAUAUAUAUAUAUAUAUAUAUAUAUACAUUUGUAAUAAAGUUAAUUUAUAUAUAAAGUCGAAGAAUAAUCAAUAUGCCACCAAAGAGAAGCAAAGUAUUAAAGACCAAUGUAUCCAAAAGUAAGCUUACUAAAGAUAAAAAAUCAUCUGAUAUAGUUCCUAAAAAGAAUUCUGAUUCUAAUAAAGAAUUUGGAGAAUCUUCCACAGAACAAAUAGUAGAAUCAGUUAAAGAGUCUGAAGAAUCUAUUAAAAAACAUAAAAAAGUAACUGAGAAAGAACUUAAUAAUGAUACUGUUAAAAAUUCUAAACAAGCUGUUAAAAACUCUGUUGCCAAUUUUGUAAAAGAAUCAGUUUCCAAAAAUAAACGUAAAGCAAAUGGAAAUGACGAACCUGUUGCUAAAAAAGCUAAAACCGAAAAUAAACCAAUUAUUAAUAGAACUGAUACUAAUUUGAAUGAAAUAUAUUUUGAUUGUGAUAAACUUAAUACGGAAGGGAUGAAAUAUAAUUUAAAAAUUAGCACUUGGAAUGUUUCUGGGAUUAGAGCAGUUAUAAAGAAAAAUGGAAUGGAUUAUAUUGUCAAGGAAAAUGCGGAUAUUGUCGCAUUGCAAGAAACUAAAUGCAACACUAAUAAACUACCAAGUGAAAUAAAAGUACCAGGAUAUCAUCAUUAUUAUGCAGAUAGCAAAAAAGCUGGCUAUUGUGGUGUAGCUUUGUAUACAAAAGAGAAGCCCAUUAAUAUUAAGUAUGGCUUAAAUAAUUCUAAGUUUGAUGAAGAAGGCAGAUUAAUUACAGCAGAAUAUCCAAACUUUUUCUUAUUAAAUGUUUAUGUGCCAAAUGCUGGAGCAAAGCUGGUAACUUUGCCCAAAAGAUUAGAAUGGAAUGAAAAAUUCAAAUUGUAUGUUAAAGAAUUAGAUAAAAAAAAACCUGUCAUAAUUUGUGGAGAUAUGAAUGUAGCUCAUCAAGAAAUUGAUUUAACAAAUCCUAAAACUAAUACAAAAAAUGCUGGAUUUACUAAAGAGGAACGAGAUGGUAUGACUGACUUUUUAGAUCAAGGAUUUGUUGAUACAUUCAGAAUGUUGUAUCCGGAUAAAACAGGGGCUUAUACUUUUUGGUCAUACUUUGCUAAUGCAAGAAGUAAAAAUAUUGGCUGGAGAUUGGAUUACUUCUUGGUAUCUGAACGUAUUCAAAACAAAGUAUGCGAUAAUGUUAUAAGAAGCAAUGUUUAUGGGAGUGAUCAUUGCCCCGUAGUUUUAUACGUUACUUUAUAAACUAAAUUCCAUUUGUCAUUUAUCGAUUAUUCCUCAUUUAAUACAUUGAUGAAAAUGAUGUUUUAAUAUGCUCUAUUUAUUGCAAAAUAUACUUUGAAAAUAAGAAAUGA